CGUACAAAGCAAGUACCUCUUGAGAGUACUUGUAAAGAGAUAUUCUUAAUUGAGGAAAUGGGUCUCAGGCUCUCUGAACCAAAGCUCUGUGUUUUAGUAUUCUUCUUAGCUUUCUCUUCGUUCUUGGUCCAAACCCUAGGUUCAGGAGAAUGCGAACGUGAGACCGGUGAUUGUUACAACAAAACGUCGGCUCUGCGUUUGAAACUAGUGGCGAUAGCUGCGAUUUUGAUAAGCAGCAUGAUCGGUGUUUGUUUGCCAUUGAUAACACGAUCGUUGCCUGCUCUGAAUCCUGAUCGGGAUGCCUUUUAUGUUGUCAAGGCCUUUGCGGCGGGGGUCAUACUUGCUACAGGAUACAUGCAUGUUCUCCCUGAUUCCUUUAAUAAUCUGACCUCCAGCUGUCUGCCGGAAAAUCCUUGGCAAAAGUUUCCGUUCACCACGUUCAUCGCCAUGCUCUCGGCUGUGUUUACACUCAUGGUGGAGUCUUUCGCUACCAGUUUCUAUCGCCGGAUGAAUGACAAAAAGAAAGGGAUCGUUAAUCCACUUGGCACCGACACUGAGAUGAGCCCUAUAGGCCAUAGUCAUGGUCAUGGCUUUGAGCUCAAGGAUGACCCUGCAACUGCCUUGCUUCGGUAUCGAGUCAUUGCUCAGGUAUUAGAAUUGGGGAUCGUGGUCCAUUCGGUGGUGAUUGGGCUGUCAUUGGGAGCCUCUAUGAAUCCUUGCACCAUAAGGCCCUUGGUGGCUGCGCUUUGCUUCCAUCAACUCUUUGAAGGAAUGGGUCUUGGUGGCUCCAUACUCCAGGCUGAGUACAAGAUCUUGACUAAGUCUAUCAUGGUGUUCUUCUUCUCAGUAACAACUCCUUUUGGAAUAGCAUUGGGGAUUUUUUUGUCCAAUGUGUAUAGUGAAAACAGCCCAACAGCUCUUAUUGUUGUGGGAGUGUUAAAUGCAGCUUCAGCUGGGCUUCUUAACUACAUGGCCUUGGUGGAUCUCUUGGCUACUGAUUUCAUGGGGUCAAGGUUUCAAAAUAGUCCCAAGCUACAAGCCAUAGCUUAUGCUGCAGUUUUGCUAGGGGCUGGUGGUAUGUCUAUCAUGGCUAAAUGGGCGUAGGCUCAUUCAAGGGGAAUUUAUGCUUGUCUUAGUUUUCUUUUGCAUUUCCUUUUAAUCGUUAGUUUCAAUUUUCGUUACCUGUAGUUGGUGUGAUGAUGUAAAAGGUUUUCAUCAAUAAUGUUAUUUUCAUGGGCUAAAUUACCAAAAAA